CAUUUGUAUAUUUUGAUUUGGGUGAGAGUAGAUUAAACAGGGAACAUUGUUCUUUGCUUGGAGUGAGUGCGAGUCAAUUAUUCAUUUCUUCUGUUUUCUCUGAAAGAAACGGCUAAAGGAGUGAAGAGAAAAUCUGGAGUUGGAGGUUUUGAGCGAAACUCAAAUGUCUCAGACCAAGAAAUUGACGCCGAAUCUGGAUCAGCAGAGCACGAAGGUGCUGAAUCUAACGGUGCUCCAGCGAAUCGAUCCAUUCAUCGACGAGAUUCUCUUCACCGCCGCUCAUGUCUCCUUCUACGACUUCAACAUCGAAACCAACCAGUGGAGUCGCAAGGAUGUCGAAGGAUCUCUCUUCGUUGUCAAGAGGAAUUCACAGCCACGGUUUCAGUUUAUCGUGAUGAAUCGACGAAGUACAGAUAACCUUGUGGAGAAUCUAUUGGAUUUUGAGUAUGAACUUAAAAGCCCGUACCUAUUAUAUCGGAAUGCUGCUCAAGAAGUUAAUGGUAUAUGGUUUUAUAAUCCAGACGAAUGCGAGGAAGUUGCAAAUCUUUUUAACAGGAUACUUAAUUUGUACCCAAAGGCACCUCCAACUACCACAACGCCUGCUAACAGAAGUGAGUUUGAGGAACAUCAGCCAGUGUCAGUGAUAUCAAGAAGCCCUCUAGAAUCGUCUUCAGCUGCUGCUUCUGCAAUUGAUGCCGUUGAAGAUGCUGUAUUUUCAAACUUUUGCACCGUAUAUGAUGUUACAUUGAAGGAUACUAGAAGUUAUGCUCCCGCUAUAAAAAAUGGUAGACAGAAUUCUACUUCUAUCACUUCUGCUGCUCCUAGUGGUUUAUUUUCUCCUGCACCUACUGUCCAAAUACCAGCUUCUCAUUCAACUUCAUCUAUAUCAGGCUUACCUGUUGACUCUCUUGAAACAGUCAAGAAUGGAAAUCAAGCCAUUAAUCUCGUUAAGCCUUCUACUUUUUUCACAUCCACUUCAUCAUCACUGUUAGUUCCACCUAUUUCUUCAUCUGUGCUACCUAGUUCAGUUGGUAAUCAUUCCCUGAAUAUGCCACGACCAUAUGGCACACCAGUACUUCAACCCUUCCCGCCCCCUAUUCCUCCUCUCUCUCUUACACCCAUUUCAAGCUCUAAACCUGUAAUUGGAAGGGAUAGCGUUCGCAAUGCACUUUUAUCAUUGGUUCAGGAUGAUCAAUUCAUUGACAUGAUGUUCCAGGCAUUACUGAAGGUGAGUCCUUCAUGAGUAGUCAAACUCUUGAAGGUUGGAUGGAAGUGCAUAUAAAAUUAGUUCUGUAUAUAGUUACACACCCACACGUCUAACAGGAGGUGUAACUUAGUAUAUAGAGACAUCCGUCCCUCUUUAGCUUUAGCCACAACUUUGCAUGAUACUUCGGUAAUGGCCAAUUCCACAAUAUACUAACAAAUCAUACGGUGCAUUAAUACACCAUAUUAUCUUCACCACUGAGUUUAUGUGUGUAUACGUGGACAAGUUAUUAGAGAAAAAUAAUGGUUGAAUAUAGCAUGAUUUUAAUUGCUAUGUUGAUCUAAAGAUUGUUCCACGUUUACACAAAAUUAAUUAAUGGUGAAAGUAAUGUGCAUUCUUACACUGUAACUCUGUAGUGUAUUGUAGAAAUAGCCGUAUGUUUCUGCACAAUGAUAAGUGUUCCAUGUCAGUAUCGCCUUAUUACCCUUUGUUGUAUGUACUGUGUUUUUAAAUUCACUCAUGGUUCUGUCGGACAAGUCCUCUCUCUAUGGACUAAUCAAGAUAUAUGUACAAUCCCAUGUUUAGCAUGCUGUUAGAUAUAAAUAAAUAAAAAUUUAUGUCAA